AUGAUGAAAAAAUUUGUUUUGGAAGAAGAAGUGAAUAAUGCUGAGAAAAAGUCAAACAGUGACAACUUGAAAAAACGCCAAAAUCCUUUUAAUAAAAAUUGUGGAUCAAGAAAUUCACCUGUUAAUAUAAUGGAAAGUACUAAUGAACAAAUUGACGAGAAUAUUUGGAAUAAUAAAUAUAGCCUAAAAAGAAAUUUAUAUGAAAUUUGCCUAUUUUUAUUUACAACAUUGGGAUUUGUUAAUUUACCAAUUUGGUUUGAAGCUUUUCUAUGUUCUCUUCAUAAAUUUAUUGGAUAUUUAUUUUCGCUCUUUUUUAGUAGAAAAAUUGAAAAAAUUUUGAAAGAAAAUUUAUUAAAUGUUAAUACAGCAACUAAUUUAGGUAAAUUUAAAUUAAUUUUUGAUCUAGUUUAG